GUUUAGUUUUUAGAUUGUGAUACUUCAAAAGGUUUAACUGAAAGAUUAAAAACUCUUGUGUAAGUGUACUUAGCAUGGGGACUGACAUAUGGUAGGUAUCCAGUGUUGCCUACUUUUGUAAUUUUCAGCUUUGGCUUUGUUUAUCCAUAUUGACUUCAGCCAUGCAAUGAUUUUUUUAAAUAUUUGGGCUUUAAAACCCUAAAAUCCAAAUUGGGGUAGGGGGUAGUUUUACCUGUUUUCUAAUUUUCUACUCAGUGCUUUUUAAUUCUCCUACCAUAAAACAAAGAAUUUUCUGUUGUGCCUAACUAUCUUCAACAUGUUUUACAAAGAAGUAUCUUUGGUAGUGGCUUGACAGUAACUAAACUUUGUUUUAUUUAGAAGUUUUCCAUGCUUCUUGUUGCUUUCUUUGUACAAAAGGUGGCUAUAAAGGUUUCUGUGUUUCUAAUUACUUUUAAAUCCGUAGCAAACCAGAGCCAGGAUGAAAACACUGAAGUAUGUUCCUUGAUUAUUAACAGCCACAAGGCUUUUAAUUUCUUAGAGGGGCAAUUUGUUUGACCGGUUACUGUGCUUUGUUGACUACUUUAAUACCAAUGUUACUCUGCCAGAAAAUGGAAAACUGGAUGGUUGUGAAGGAAAAGAGACAUAAUUUAGAUAGGACAAGGGAAGUUACAGGAAUUGAUCAUCCUAAUAGGGUAUUAUUACAUAUUAGGCAGGUGAUUAAAUAGGAAGACCUUCAUUAGAUACGUGUUUCAUGUGCUACUGAGGCACAAUAAUCUCCAGAAUAUUAAACAUGGGCUUUGGAGUUUUAUUGAAGCAGUAGUCAGAUCACUGCUCUGUAUAACCUUGAAGAGGUCAAUACUACCUGAGCCUCUGUUAUCUUACAUGUAAAAUGGGUGUAAUUUACCCAGGUGGUUUCUAACUUGGCUUUUGUAAUAAUUUUAGGUAAAGCACUUAGCAUAGACUGAGCACACACACACAGCACUUAGCAUAGUUCUUAGUAUUUGCAUUGUAUUAUAUCUAUGCUGUUAAUCAGUUAUGAUCCUUAUAAAAUGAGGGGAUUAGGCAAAGUUAAUAUCGGUGCUUUUCUCGUUCCAAUAGUUUGAAGUAAGUUGGUAAGGUGGAAGGGGAAAACAUGUUUUGUGGUUACUUGCGCGCAUCACACUGCUGAUUUUAUAUUCUUGUAGUCUUCACAAAAGUCACACAGUUAAGCAUUACAUAAUCUUACUCAAAUCAGAACUAUAAAAAACGUUAUCUGUUAAGUCUUAACCGUAUUACGUGUUUUAUAUUAGAAGCAUCAUAGUAAUUGUUAAUUUUUUCUCAAUAUAAUCUGUAGCAUGUUUGCUUUCAGAUAGUUAACCAAAACUAUUACUGUGCAGUUAAAAAUGAUUCUACACUAUGAGGUAUUUUAUCUAGAAUUUUUAUUAAAAAUCUGAUGCAUAGCAUAGGCACUGUUGAUCUCUACAUAGUGUAAUCUUGUAUUCACAAAGAGAACGGCCUCCUCCCUUUAAAACUGCUGUUAUGGUAACCUGAAAAUCAAACAGUAUACUGUACAAGACAGUGUUUUCUUAAGGGGACAUUGUGUUUAUUCUACAUGCUUAGUCUGUUUUAUUGGCAAAGUCCUUGAAAUCAUUGACCCGUGCUGUUUCUAUUUUUGCAGUACCCAAAACUAUUUUCUCAUCUAGGUGUUCCCUUAUAUUUCAUACCUUCUAUGGGUUUCUGGACUUCUCUGUACCUUUCAUUGUAUUCAGUCUCUAGGGUACCAGUCCCUCGUCUGCUGAGCCAGUUUUACAGGCUCAGCCAAAAUAAGAAAGUAAAAUGAGGCACAGUGAUGGACUAGCUUAAUCACUUUUGGUGAAAGUUCUGUAUUUUACUUGUCUCUUGGUCUUAUAACUUCAGCUGUUUAUUUCAAACCUGGUGCCUGGCUCCUCCUGCUCUUUUUCCUAUUUUUAAGGCUAUGUUAAAUGAAUUUAUUGAAAAGCCCCAGUAUUUUAGAAGUUUAAUGGUGUCCUCUCUUGCUACCCAGAAAAGUCGCCCACACGAUUACCUGUGAGAACUUGUUAGAGAAUCUCAGUCUGUAUUUUAACAAUAUUUCCAGAUACAUGUGCACAUUUGAAAAGUGCUGCUAUAGUCCAUUUUCUGGUUUUAACUUAUAAAAAAAACUUACUGUGUUGAAAGGGCUGAGAAUUAGGACAAAAACCUGUUUUGGAUAUGUUUCAAAUUAGGGGAGAUAUGAUUUGUCACAAUGAGUCCUCAAUAAAGAAGGCACAGGGUCGGUCCUUCAGAAGACUUGGAGGAGCUGACUCUUGAGGGUUGCCAGGCCAUGAAGAAGGGAAUAGCAUUUCAAGCAGAAGGGUCAGCGUUUGGGGAGACGUGGUGGGUGGCAUGUUUGGGAUUUGUGAGUAUACAUCAGAUCAGGAGGUUCUAAUGGGAAGAUGAGACUAGAUGGUAAAUCUUGCUUUUGUUCUAAAGGCAAUGAUUAUUGAAUGCAUUGUGCCAGACUGUUCCAGGUGUCAGUGAAGUUAAUCAUAAUUACUCCAUGUGGGUACCAAUAUAUUUCACCUCUUUAUAGACAAACACAAUAAAUCAGCAAAUACAAAUCCUGUUAAGGGAGAAGAGGGAUUCAAGAAGGAUGGAAAAGAGGAAUCAAUGCAGUGAUGAACUGAAAAGUCAAGCUUGCCAAGAACUUGAAAAAUCCCCAUUGGUUUUGGCAACUGAAUAACUGGCUAGUUUAGUUACUAAGUGCAGUUUUUAACUUAAAGGUGUGUGACGUCAAAGUAAGAUGCUUUCAGGGAAGUAUGGGGCAGGUGAGAGUUGAUUCAUUGGAAAAGACUGAUGCUGGGAGGGAUUGCGGGCAAGAGGAGAAGGGGACGACAGAGGAUGAGAUGGCUGGAUGGCAUCACUGACUCGAUGGAUGUGAGUCUGAGUGAACUCCGGGAGUUGGUGAUGGACUGGGAGGCCUGGCGUGCUGCGAUUCAUGGGGUCGCAAAGAGUCGGACACGACUGAGCGACUGAUCUGAUCUGAUCUGAUGGGGCAGGUGAGGAAAGAAAUGAAUCUACACUACUCUUGAAAGUUUGUGACAGGAAGCAGAAACUCCAUGGUAUAGUGGGCCGUUGGGGGCACUGGAGUCAGGCCUGGAUUUGAACUCGGUUCUGCCGCUGUUCUGUGAUGCAGUCUGCUGUGCUAAACUGUCCAAGGAGCCUGUUACCCUCCUGUGUAAAAUGGGAUUAAUACCUAUUUCACAGGGUUAUUUUGAGGAUUAAAUACAUGUGAAGUAUUUGGAACACAGCAGGUAUUCCAUAAAAUCGAUUAAGGUUGAGGGGACGUUUGUUUUUAAAGAUGGAACUGUGUAUAGGUUGAGGAGCUACAGCCAAGAUAGGCUGACAAUGAAAAGGGUCUAUACAGAGGGUAAACGGUGGUCCGUGGUUCCACAGAAUGCUGUAUCCAGAGCUCACUGCACUUCUCAAAGCAGUGACACCCAGAAAUUUCCUUCUGGAGGAGUUGAGAAACAAUCUUCGUGGAUGCUAAGGUUGAUUUUUCCUUAAGCAUGCUAUCUCCUAGCAUGGAGGUGAUUUGGGAAAGGGCUGAUGGAGAUCAUGGGAUGCUCUAGCUCCUUUACAAGCCUCCUUGGCGCAGGCUCUUGGUGACUCCUGAGCCCUCGAGAUUUUCUUACCAUACACGUGCGUGACGAUCUCGACCGAUUUCGCUAGGCUUGGCGCGGGCCCUCCAAGUGUGUGCCUGCCGCCCUUCCCCCACCAGCAGAGCAAAACCUACCGGCGGGUCUCCUGCGCAUGCUCGGGAGCCGGCUGACCGAGGCGCCUCCUGGCAACCGGACGCCAGCCUCGGCUUAGAGUGAAGAGGAAGCAAUGGAUCAGUCUAUCGCCAUCACCUCCACCGCAAAACCAACCCAGAAGUCAUCAUCUUUUGAAAGAGAAGGAUGGUGGAGAAUAGCAUUAACGAACACUCCUAAUCCUGGCACUUACCACUUGAAAACUUUUAUUGAAGAAUCCCUGUUAAAUCCAGUGAUAACAACCUACAAUUUUAAAAAUGAAGGAAGGAAAAAACCACCUCUUUUGCAAAGGAAUGAUCUGGUGCUGAACGACCUUCCCCAGUACAUGCCUCCUGACUUCUUGGACUUGUUAAAGAAGCAAGUGGCCACUUACUCAUUUAAGGACAAACCGCGGUCAAGCCCCAGCAUGCUGGUUUACAGAGAUCAGUCAGUUAAGCUUUCACCAGGGCAAUACGAACUACUUCCUCCUCCAGUUCCCAAGCAAGCUUCCAGGAGCUUCGUAUUUCGUUCUACGGUUCAAAGGUUUCCAACAGGCUGCUUCACUCCUCGUGAAGGCCCAGGACCAGGUCAUUAUGACUUGAAAAUACCUUCAGCAGGUUCUGUAACUUCUUGUUUUCAAUCCAGAGUGCCUCGAUUCUUGCCUGCCUGUUCAAAAACCCCUGGCCCGGGAGCAUAUACAGCUUCAGCACAAUUCCCCAAGCAGCCCCGCACCAUAGCCAAAAUGGGCCGAGAACACAGCUUUUUCUUCAAUAACACAAUUGGCUUUUAAAAUAAAUAAACCCUACCUUGGCCCUAAGCAGCUCUUGAGUUUUAGUAAGUUCUCUUUUGUCUCCUCUUUAGGAGAGUUUGACCACAGACCAUAUUCGAUUGCCUGGCCUGACCGCCCAGCCCACUUAUCUGGAAUAGUUCCAGCAAAAUGUCCAGUUCCCUCUCAGAAGUCUCCCGGUUUGAACAGUAAAUUAUAUGCUCUCUCUGUGUGUUGUCAGAGGGUGUGUUCCUGGACUGCUCUCACAGCAUCCGGACGGGCCCUGAGGAGUCACCUGGGCUCUGCCGCCUUGGGCUCUCUAGCUGAGUCUCCACUGCACUGAGGUGGUCAUUCCUCAUGGACUCCUGGAGGCUUCAACAAGGGCCAUCCUGAACUUGACGGGAACCCAAUAGUUUUUUCUCUAUCUCAUCUCCCUGAAAAGAACAAUAUUGCUUCAGCCUGAUGAGCAUUUGUGGUUUCAAGUUAACAAAAAUAUUUUGACAGUAUGCUCCGGGCCAGGCGCUGUGCUGGGGGUGGGGAGUGGAGGUUAAGACAAAGAUGAACGACGCAUGUGACUGAAUUUAGGGUGGGUUAAAGGGGAGACAAGGCCAGAAAGGUAGUUUGGAAUAGUUUCCAGCUCAAGGAAGGCUUUGAGAACCAUGCCAGGAACCUCUUCCUGGUUACCUUGUGUGUGCGGCUCAGGGGUGGCUGUCAUGUGGGCAGCAGUCCCACCGGGAAGACACACCCUGGGCUCAGGAAACUGCGAGAUCACUGUGCCCAGUGCAUGGAGGAGCGAUCCUGACAUCGAGGGCCCCAGGCGCUCAGCAGAGACAGGGCAGCACUCCCCCAGUGGGGAAGGGUGGCUGAGUGCGGCCGGCAGCUUGGCUGGCACCCCUGGGACCAGGAGACUGAGACCGGCAGAGAGGAGAGGGAAGAAGGUGGAGGGCAAGGAACCCUUUUUGAGCAAAACGCAGGAAGGGACAUUUGCUGGAGGGGAACAGAGGGAGACAGGCCCAGCUAGAGUGGAGGGUGCAGGCGGAGCAGGAGGGGGCUGGGCGAGGCGCAGAUCAUAGGCCCAGCAGUAAGCACUGCUCAUGGACUCCAGCCAGGGCAUGGGCUCAGGAAAUGACGUCAGGAGAAAGGAAGGAUGGGGAGACUAUAGAGUCAUUCAUCAGUAAUAGGAAGGAAUCUUUUUAACUAAAAGAAAGAAAAUCUAAUAUAAAUCCUUAUAUUUUAUUAUAUUGAGAAAAACCCAGUUCUCUAGUCUUAUAAAUACCAUUGUAAAGUAGGCAUUGGGGACAAGGAAGGGUAGGCCUGCAUCUCCCAUCUGGGUUUAUCCACGUUUUGCUUUUAUGGAAGAAACUCCCUGCAUUGCGUUCCUUAGAGCAGAAAAUGGCCCCUUGGAGGAUGAGGUGGCUGCCUUGGGUGGCUGCUCUUGCCCCACUUUGAUCAGCAGAUGGCCACAGGGCAGCUUUAUUCUCCAAGUGGGUCAGAGGCCCCUGCAGGAUCAGAAGGUAACGCUGGCGGUUCUGACGGAGGGCGUUUUCUCCAGGAGCAGUGGGCCAGGUUGUGCCUGGUGCUCAGGGCAGUGGGGGCAGGGCUCUAGAAGGAGCGAGGUGAGCGGUGAUCACAUCUGUUUUGGGGCUUGUGGGUGGAAGGUCAGGGGAACCCUCACGCUGGCAGGGGCAGGAGGGAGACUGUGCUGCACGUCUGUGGGGGUAUCUCCAGACAGCAGAGCGACCCAGGGGUGUGAGCGGGAGCAGUUCCUCCCCCCUCCCUCACCCUCCCGCUGUUUCUCCCUCAGGCCGGCUGUGUUGGGUCUAACACUGCUUUCCGUUCAUGUCACGCCCUAAAGAAUGUCACCAGCCCCUCCUGAUUCCACUGCCGGGUUCCCAGGAGAGAGAAUCUAGUUGGCCAGCUUGGGUCAGGGGUCCACCCUGGUCCCUCCAGAUCUGGCCAGGAGGGCCUCGGCCCCUGGGCCAGACAGACACAGCUGCAGGGGCCCAGCUGUGUCUUGUGUGUAGUUGGGGUGGAGGGCAGCUCUCCCAUAUUCUAGAAGAGAAUGAAGACCCUUUCAGCAUAAGACGCAGGGGAUGGCUCUUGCCUGGUCUGCAAGAAGGGGGUUUAGGAGGCCUGCCAGGACAUCUGCUGGAGGUGGAACGGCGAGAGAACAUUCUGCAGGGCCACCCGGACACCUUGGAGUCUUGAGUCUGCACUAAAGUCGCCCUCGGCUCCUGUGGCUUCCGUAGUCUGUCUGGAGCCGGGGGGCACCUCAGUACUGUCCUCCCUAGCAGCCUUGCCCCUGUCCGUAACACAGCCCUCUGCCUCCUCUGUGACUCGGGUGAUAUGACAGAAGCUGUGCCCUAGGUACUAGCAGCAGGGCUGGCUGCGCCUGGCAGUGAGGAGAGCAGUGUUUGCUUCCACUCUUUGACAUCUUCCGGCAUUUUAAAUAGUACUUCAUACAGGUAGUGGGAGGCGUUCCCAAAUAGCCCGGAGGGAUUCUGGGUGGCUUUUUCCUGCCACGAGCCUAAAACCGGGACAGCGUUUGAAGAGCAGGGCCUCCUCCUGUCUUUUCCAACAUGGAGAGACUGGACAGACCUGGGUUGACUUUGAGCUUGAGCUCCGAGAGGGGAUAUUAACAGCCACUGUGCGCAUCCGGUGACAGGUCCAGACUGAGUUAGAAAAGCCCAGAGAUGGAAGGGAAUGUGGUGUUUAUCCCAUAUCCCUGAGGGGCCUUCUCUCCAGGGUCCCUCUGGCCUCCUGCAUGGACCACUGUGAUGCUUGCUUCUCGAGGUCCCUGCCCUGGCUUCCCUGAGCAUCCCUUGGUCCUCUCCCCUCCCACUCACUUGCCCCAGUUGCCCUUGGAAUUUGGCUUCAACCAAAGGGAAUGGCUCGUCUUCGCUGCAAAUAUCAUCUGCUGUUGCCCUGUGAAAUUCCCUCUGCAUUGAGUCAGAGCAUGUCAGAAGUCACCACACUGAUGGGGACAGCUUGUCUCCUCCCUUCUCUUCUCCUCUUUCCCUCCUCCUCAUCCGCACUGUGAACGCCCC